AUGAUGGGAUCGGCAGAGGCUGCCUCUUCGCCUGCGUUUCCUUUCCUGGACCCGAUUGUCGUUGAUGACGAGAUGGGGCACCCUUACCAGGACGAAGAUAUGGACUUUUUAGAUACUGCGAGGCUGCAGAUGUCGGCGGAAAAUGCAGGGAGGGACUUUGACGACAUCUUUUCACGCGCCACUUCAUCCCGCCCGGUCGCGGAAUCGGAGCCAUCGUGUCUGUCGCCCUCGGAAUUGUCUCUCAAGCGAUCGUACCAAGACCAGGAUGCGUUGCGACAAGUGAAUGUUGUCUCGUCCGAUUCCCCCGCCGAGUCCCCGGAUGGCUCAUCUCCUAGCUCUUCCUCCACAUCACCGCGGAAUCAUCUUCGAAACCCGUCCGUCACCUCGUCUGCGUCGGUUGUCCAUAGCGAAAACACUGUUAUGCCGUUCGGAUAUGCGACAGAGGAUUGGAUGAAUCCCGACUUGUCAUCAGUGAAGGAGGAGUCGCUGUUCGGUCUGGACCUUUCCCUGCCAAACCUUGACGGCGCGUUUCCCACAGACACCGAUCUUGAAUCGAGCAACAAAGCCAUGGAUGCCGCAUUUGAUUUUGAGAGUGCCGCCAGCAGUCCUAGCCCUCUGAAAUCCGAGUCUGCGCAGCCCAGAAUUGCUAAGAGAUCAAAAUCUCAGAUGCGGAGUGUUUCUAGCACUUCGGCCAGACAUUCUGCCUCAUCGAUGAAUGGGUCAUCCUUCUUUCCUCGCAACACCAAGGAGCCUUCGCCGUUCUCCGUUUCGCGAAGCUUCAGUCAGGCCAAAUCGCCACUGGGCCCAUGGGGAGGCCAUUCACCAUCAUCACUUUUGGAAGAAAGCUUCGGUGGAAUUAACAUGAAUGGCGGUUCUCCGCUUACUCCGGGUCUCAACUUUGGACCGAGCAGCUUCCCAUUUGGUGUCAACUUCGCACCGUCCCCUUCUCCAACCACCGUGAAGCAGGAGACGACGCAGCGUCACAUGCUAACCGUGCAUCCCACCUCCCUCAAAUCACGCGUGGAGACUCAAAUUCCUAUCAGGCUGACCCUCUUUCCGUUACCGAAUGGCGUCAAAAAGUUGCGCUUGCCGAGCCACACCAUCUCGAAGCCGAAAUUUCUUGCACCGCCGACUGUCGAACGGUCCCCGGAGAUUGUGGAAUUGCACACAAGUCUCGUUUGUACAAGUGCGAUGCAGGAUCAAGAGAAGCUGAAGAAGGCGUUUGCCAGAGCAAGAGGAGAUAACUCUUACCGUUCAUCCAGCUCUAGCCCACGUUCCGCUGAAGACAUGCAAGAAGACGAUAAGCCACUGGAUGGCGGAGAAGUGAAGAUCUGCCCUGGAUGUAUACAGCGUGAGCGGAAGCGUGCGUUCAGGAAAAAGCAAAGAAAGCCGGAGGAAGACGAACUCUUCCAGAAGGACGAGGAGAAAAGGGUAAUCGUCUUCAACACCAACGAAGUCAAGGAAUGGGCCGAGCCAUCGAAGAAUGCCAUGCCGAGCUUUGGAGACGCCCCGAUGCCUAAUAUUCCUCCAGGGGCCAUGCAAGUGGAGUUGCCAAUGCGUAUCGCAUGCUACUGCAGGCAUCAGAACGAGAAGCUUGGGUUUCAGGUCAUUUUCACUGUCAAGGAUUAUAAGGAUAAUGUUGUUGCUCAGGCGAUAACGAAUUCUAUCAUGAUCACCGACGACCACAAAACUCAUGCACCUCCCGCUCCACCAGCUCCUGGUCCAUCUCCUUCUCUACCGGACGGGACACAGCUUCCGGGCGUUGGUGUGUUCCCUUCGAGCCCCAGUGUUGACACAGGCAAAUCAUCGGCCCCGUCGCAACAAGCCGCCCAGUCAUCUUCAGCUACCGAUCUGCAGGGUCUGCAGCAAAGAUUCAACACUCAAUAUCUGACGUCGGGCUCCUUCCCCGUGUCCCAGUCCUCCUCAACGAACGGCACAACCACCAACACCCAAACGCCGCGGAGUCUUUCUCGACAGACAUCGCCGAACGAUUUCCAAGGGCCGAUGAGCAAGCGUCGCAAACACAGCAACUCUGGGAGACUGCCAUCGGAACUCACUAUGACCAAGCUGGAAAACACGCAGUCGUCAGGUAGUGUCUCCAGCUCCUCAGCUCCUAACAAUGAUCCACCGUUUCCCAGCACUCGCGGGUUCGCAUCCCCGGCGGAGAGGCCCUUCGUCACUGCUUCUGCCAUAUCUAAUCAGUUCCCUAACGGACCGCCGACUCCAAACGGCGCAGAUACCAACCCCUUCCUUAACACCAUGCAACAACAGAGUUUGGACAAUUUCAUCCAGCAGCAAUUGAUGUCUGCACCGAACUCCGCCCAACCAAGUCGUCCUGGGACCCCUGGGGGUUCGCGCAACAAUUUCCAGGAUCCAAAUUACAAUAUUUCCUUGGGACCCAACACGUCCUCACCAAUGUGGCCGCCACUAACCAAUGCGGGAAACCGGUUACCUUCAGUCAUCCACAAACUGGUACCUGCAGAAGGCUCUAUUACGGGAGGCACAGAGGUUACCUUGCUUGGAAGCGGCUUCUACCCUGGGAUGGAAGUCGUCUUUGGUGACACUUUAGCCACCACUACCACGUUUUGGGGUGACAAGUGUCUCAACUGCCUGACACCCCCUGCACUUCAACCCGGGCUUGUGGCGGUGGUUUUCAAGCAUGAACAUCCCACCUUCGGCCAGAUGCAGCCAACUCAACCUCUGAUGCCAAAGCAGCAGCAGUUCUUCCGUUAUGUCGACGAUCGCGAGUUGCAGAUGUAUCGCCUUGCUCUUGGUAUCCUUGGACAGAAACUCGGCAGUCAAGCAGACGCGUUCCAGACGGCUCAGCAGAUUAUGGGCAGUGACAUGAAGGGCGUUUUCAACCUACAAAAGGACUUCCCAGGAGGCUCUGGUGGUGGUCACCAGCGGCAGGCGGCUGGGCUGGAGUCGCAAGUCUCACUUGGUGAUCUUGAUGGUAGAAUGUGGAAGUACCUCGAGUUUGUCGAUCUUGAUGACAGCCCACGCCCACCCAGGUACAAUUCGCGCUCUGCGACAGGCCAGACACUGCUCCACUUUGCUGCCUCCUUGGGCCUGACACGGUUCGUGGCCGGCCUGCUUGCGCGAGGUGCCAAUCCCGACCUGCAGGAUAACACCGGGAACACGCCGAUGCACUUUGCGGCUCUGAACGGUCAUGCGCAUAUCGUCAACAGGCUCCGUCUUGCCGGUGCCAACCCUAAUGCCCGUAGCAUUAGGGGCUUCACUCCAGCAGACCUCGCUACGACGUUGCCUGCUCACCAGGCGGCCUUGAUACCUGCACGUCAUUACCGCUCACGUAGUGUUGGAUCGCUUUCCUCCUCGCGUCGCAGGCACAGCAGUUCCGCAUCGUUACAUUCCCUUUGGGACUCUUCAUCUGUGUCGGGCUCUUUUGAUCAUGCCGUUGAAGACUCCGAUGACUCGGAAGACGACGACGAUGUAAUUAGUUAUAGCGCCUCCCGCCGGUCGAGUAUGCAUCACGAGCGGCCAGUGUCGAUUCCUGGACCUGAGCAGCCAACAGACUCGGACGAUGCUCGACCAUUUUCGCCUCCGGCCGCCCUGGUUGCUUGGCGUAACCAACUGCAGGCCCAAAUCAAUCAGUUCCAGCAAAGUGUGGCCAACGCCUUCCCCAAUCUGCCUGCGUUGCCGCCUAUGCCCGCACUACCUGACUACCAAGCCCAUCCGAUGAUGCGUCGUAUCACCAAUCUGGUUCCUCACCGACCGAGCACCGCGCGGUCUGCCAAAGAUGGCUGGUGGGAUAUGCUGACGGGCAAUUCCGCCCCUACGGGUACAGAGCUACCCUCCUAUGAGGAACUCUACCCGCACAAAGAGAACGAAGAUGAUGAGCAAGCAACGCGUUUGAAGAAAUCGAGUAUGCUUCAAGCAGCGACGGAGGCAGCACUCGAUCAGCAUUUCGAAGCGCAGGCCAGCACAUCGGAGGUCGUCCGAACCAAGCCAGAAAGCGAAGAUAUUAAAGAUAUACGGAUUGGCCGCAAGGUAAUAUCUCGUGAACAGCAGAAGCACCUUCGGGAGCAGCAAGCGCGGCGAAUGAAGGGCUUAGGUAGCGAUCGGAAUCUGUAUUUCAUCUGGAUUCCGCUCCUUCUAUUGGUCAUCUGUGCUUGGAUUCGGAGUUAUGUCCCGGGCAUCUGGGAAGGCUUUACCAGCGGCUAUGAAUUCGUCAAGGCUCAAUAUGCGCAGCGCGCCUUAGAAGUUGGCCAUUGA